UUAUUUUGACGUUUAUUUAUCGGCAAAAUUUAGAGUUGGGAAAGUGUAUAAUUUUAUUAGGAAAAGUUUUCGAUUCUCUUAUUGUGGUUUACCUUUGAAAUACAAAAAAGUAACAAAUUAAAUAUGUUUUCAUUGGUACGUAACGUUAGUAAUGUCACAAAAACUGCCGUUAGGGGCAAACAUAGCUUACCGAAAUUGGCCUAUGAAUAUACAGCUUUGGAACCAAUAAUUAGCCGUGAGAUUAUGGAAAUACAUCACACCAAGCAUCAUCAAACUUACGUUACUAAUUUAAAUGCGGCUGAAGAGCAAUUGGCAGAGGCUCAAUCCAAAAAAGAUACCACAAAAAUAAUUUCUUUGGCCGGUGCUUUACGCUUUAAUGGUGGUGGUCACAUAAAUCACUCAAUUUUCUGGCAAAAUCUUGCACCAGAUUGCACUAAACCAUCAGAAGAAUUGAAGUGUGCCAUAGACGAACAGUUUAAGAGCUUUGAUGCAUUCAAAAAGGAAAUGUCAGCAUUGACAAUUGCCGUUCAAGGUUCCGGCUGGGGUUGGUUGGGUUAUAAUAAAAAAACCGGCAAACUGCAAAUCGCUGCUCUACCAAACCAGGAUCCUUUGGAAGCUAGCACUGGUCUUGUUCCGCUAUUUGGAAUAGAUGUUUGGGAACACGCAUACUAUUUGCAAUACAAAAAUGUGCGUCCUUCAUAUGUCGAAGCAAUUUGGGAAAUUGCUAAUUGGAAUGAUAUAUCUAAACGAUUUGCGGCUGCAAGUUCUGCUAAAUAAUCAAAUACAUGUUUAAUUUAUAUGUGAGUUGAAUGUUUUGUGUAGAUUACUUUCGAUAUGUAUGUGAAUACGAAUUUGAAUUGGCUAGGCCAAAUUAUGAACAUUGCAUUCAAAUAAAUACGAAUACUAAAAUAAACGUUAAGCUUUAAAA